AUCAGAAUGCUCAGAAUCAGGACAUGCGCAUUACAGUAUUAACAUAAAAACUGAGUUUUGUUUAUUUUGGACUUUGUUUGGGGUAGUAACGCUAACGCUACGAUUUCAUUAUGAAUGACGAAUUACUGAUUCAAUUAGUGGAAAAGUGCCCACACAUUUACAAUAAAACGUUGAAGGAAUACAAAGAUGAUAAAAUGAAAGAGAAUAGAUGGCUAUCAAUAGCAGAGUUUCUCGAUUCGGAACCAGCCAUAGUGAAAAAGAGGUGGGACAACCUGAGAGACAGGUUUGUUCGAGCCUAUAGACAAUGCAAUACUGUGCUUCCUUCAGGUUCAGGUGGAGGAACACAAAAACAACCGGACUUCCCAUACUUUGAAAUAAUGAUAUGGUUAAUACCAUUCACCAGGAAGAGAAAGCUGAUAUCCUCGACUGCCCCAGAAAGUGCUUCAAAAGUGCCAUACAUUGAGGAGGUUGAGUCUGAACCAUUACUAGAUGAUUAUGUUGUGGGAUCAGAUGGUGUAUUGUCACCUGAGCCUACCCAGUCUAGACCUACCAGCUCACAUUCAUCCAGACCUGGUAGUGCAUGUGGACACAAAAAGAGCAUCCAGGAGUCAAUGGCCACAGCUUUACAAAAUUUUUCAAAAAUAUGUGAGAAAAGAUUUGGUGAAAAUACUGAAAACAGUGACACACAUUUUAUGAAGUCCAUUCUCGAUGACAUGCAACAUCUGCCACUGAAGAAAAAAAUUAAAUUUAAAAAAGAAGUCAUGGAGAUAUCUGAAACAUAUUAUGAAUAA